AUGGAUUUUUUGAGCCUCGAAAACCUCGCUCGGCAACUUUCUGAUCUCGAAGUUGCUUUGUUCCUGUGUUUUGUGGCGCGUGAACAUUGCCUCAUCGAGACCUCGGCUGACCUUAUUGAUGACCUCGCUCAAGAACUAGCCCUGAUAUCCACGCAUUCUUUUGACUUUACCUUUUCCAUUCUUGAUUGUUCCGCGCAAACGUUGACCGAUGAUCUCUAUAAUGGGGUUCUCACGGCGAAUGCUCGCAAAGGACAGGAGCGGCCGUCAAGCACCAGGCUAAGGUCCGGGUCUGUCAGUGUCUCUCUCCUCCUUUUUCCUUUUCUUUAUGAUAAUGACUCGGCUAACUUUCUGAAGUCGAGCAACUUGUCAACUCUUGUGGCGGCUCGAGAUCGGGGUCAGAGCAGAUCACCAGCUCCCAGGAGCACGACAGAAGAAACAAAUGUCGUGAACGUUGUCAUUGCGAAGAAUUUCAAUCUUGUUGAUCAUGAAAUCCAACUCCAAGCUCUUCAGUUGAUGCGCAGCCGAAGGCUAAUCAUGGAACCGAGGACGUUAAUCGCGCCGGCUGAUUUUCUCUUCAUACCUCUCGUUGUACGAGAAUCAGAUCAGCUACAGCCGCCAUUGAAUGGCCAUUUGAACGAGAAUCUUAUUGUGUCUCAUUUCCAUGCUGCAGUAGAUGGCUUCGUCUAUCUUGAGGAGGAUGAUUGGCUAUCGGAUGACCGGCAGUCGGCUUCUUCAGUCAUACACAUACCAAAAAAUCAGCAACAGAGAAGUGCCAAGGUCGGGGAGACCAUGAUAGAAAAGCUCAGAGAAGCUAGCGAGCUCGUGACCGCAAGUGCAGAGGUCGUGCGCUACAUACAGGAUAUUAUCGUCUUCUUGCGUUUGAGCCGCGCAGUGGGUGGUGGGAUCUCUGCGAAAGCGAACUCUCAUUUGGCACACUUUGCGAGAUUACUCGCCCCAUUACAUGGCAUCGACUAUCUGACACCAUCCAUCGUGGCCCUUGCCGCGCGAAAAGUGCUCCGACAUCGAAUCAUCGUUGCGAAUCCAGAUCGGGAUAGAAGUUUAUUGUAUGGAAGUGAUCUUCAAAUGGUCUCGAGGAUAUUGGCAAAUGUCACUGCAGAUUCCAUUUUGGAUGGCGUCCUGGUACUUGAGCCGCCCAUUUGA